AUGAUGAAUUCUCUUUGUGGCAGCAUGGGUUCCAUCAAGAGUGAGAACUCAUGCGAGUCAAUUGUUGAGUCUAAGAAAACUUUUCCAUCUUCUGAUUUGGAGCAAAAGAGCUUAACCCCACCAAGCCUCAAUUUCCCAGCAGUCAAGUUUGAGUUGGAUGAUGUUGAGGUCCAGUCCCCAGACAGUUCUGCAUGGGAAACUUUUUUCUCUGAUUAUUUUGAUUCUGACGCCAUGAUCUCAUCCCCAGUGAGAAACUUACCAUCUCCACAAAUAUCAAGCUAUAGUUUCGGUAAUGUUCAGGCAAUGCAAGGGCAGAGUCUGCCAGGGUGUUCUCCACCUCGGUUUUCGUCUCAGCUUGGGUCAUUUAACAGCACCCACAAAGGGAAAGGGCAAAGCCCACUCCACAAAGUCUUUAACUCACCUAACAAUCAGUUUAUGCAGGUUGAGAGCCUUUCAUUGCCUGCUAUAGAAGAAUUCCUGGAUGAUUAUCAGAAGGAUGGUUAUGGAGAAUACCCAACAACAAGGAUUUCAAGUAUGGGAACUUCAAAUAACAUGUUUGAAAUGCCAAGCACGGCUCCAGCAGUGCUAGACUGCAUAACAAUCCCAAAUUCUUCAAGGUUUUGUGGGUCUGCAAGUGAAACGUCAUCGUCAGCCGGAUGUUCACAAUUGACCCAUGAGCAACACUAUCCGGUAAACUCUAUCGCAAGACCACCAUUAUCUCAACAACUACAGCAAGAGAAACAACUAGAAAAGCAACAACCAGCACCACCAGAACAGCAACAGCAACACCAGAACCUUGGCCAUACCUUAAUGGUUCCUAUUCCUAUUGGCCCUGAGCAGGAGCAAGAUAGUGGGCUUCAAUUGGUGCAUCUCCUCCUUGCAUGUGCUGAAGCAGUGGCCCAAGAAGAUUACUUGUUAGCAAGAAAAUAUAUACACCAUCUAAAUCGAGUGGUAACUCCUCUUGGUGACUCCAUGCAAAGAGUUGCCUCUUGCUUCACCGAAGCCCUUAGUGCAAGGCUUGCCGCAACCAUAACCACUAAUCCUGGCACUUCCAGUGCUCCAAAACCAUUUGUUCCUUUCCCAUCAAACUCCUUAGAAGUUCUCAAGAUUUAUCAAAUUGUUUACCAAGCCUGUCCAUACAUAAAAUUUGCACAUUUCACUGCUAAUCAAGCCAUUUUUGAGGCCUUUGAAGCUGAAGAACGUGUUCAUGUUAUUGACUUAGAUAUCCUCCAAGGCUAUCAAUGGCCAGCUUUCAUGCAAGCUCUAGCUGCCCGACCUAAUGGAGCUCCUUUUCUUAGGAUAACAGGAGUUGGACCCUCUCUAGAAUACAUCAAAGAGACAGGCAGAUGCUUAACAGAACUAGCUCACUCUCUCCACAUCCCAUUUGAAUUCCACCCUAUUGGCGAGCAACUUGAAGAUAUAAAACCUCAUAUGUUCAACAGGAGAGUUGGUGAGGCUCUAGCCGUUAACGCUGUUAAUAGGCUCCACCGAGUACCUAGUAAUUGCCUUGGAAACCUACUGGCAAUGAUACGUGAUCAAGCUCCUAACAUUGUAACCCUCGUUGAACAAGAAGCAAGCCAUAAUGGCCCUUACUUCUUAGGCCGUUUCCUCGAGGCGUUGCACUACUAUUCAGCAAUAUUUGACUCAUUGGAUGCCACUUUUUCCCCAGAUUCUGCUCAAAGAGCAAAAGUCGAGCAGUACAUAUUUGCACCAGAGAUAAGAAACAUUGUGGCUUGUGAAGGGAGUGAGAGGACAGCCAGGCAUGAGAGGCUAGAGAAAUGGAGGAAAUUAAUGGAAGGAAAAGGGUUUAAAGGGGUGCCCUUAAGUGCAAAUGCAGUGACCCAAUCAAAGAUUUUGCUCGGUUUAUAUUCCUGUGAUGGUUACCGAUUAACUGAAGAUAAAGGCUGCUUACUUUUGGGGUGGCAAGAUAGAGCAAUUCUUGCUGCUUCUGCAUGGCGAUGUUGA